AUGACAAGCCGACCCAAAAGCAUGACCGAUUUCACCGCACUCAUGGACGCUUCCAUGCCCCUAUUUGAGAGCAAGACAAAUGCUCGGAGAAGCUUGUCACCGGGCAGGAAGUCCCCAGACAAGACGUCCCCAGAAAGGGGAGAGAGGGCUACAGGACAUGGACGCAAGAAGCCGAGCAUGUCCCUGGCCCAAGGGCUGAUCAUCAAUGGCGAGCUGCAUCCGCCGAAAUCGCCUUAUAGGCAGACCCACAGCAGAGGAAGCCAGGAUGACUCGCCCGAUGUGGUGGACAACGGCGAGGAGAGCCUGUUCUACGCAUAUGCGCUGAAGAGCGACUAUCCGAAUUCUCCACCGUACCUUCUUACCUUCGCGACCUCAGACAUCUCCGCACAGUGGUGGUCGCUUGUGCAGCGCCAGUACCCCGAGUCUACACGGCCUGGAGCCCAGCUCUUCGUGCUCAAGACGGACGACAUGCAGGCCAUACAAGAGGAUCCUAAGUUCUCGGAGCUGCGUGGUAAAUGGUUCUUCACCUCUCAAGAUAGGUCGAACUGCGCGACACCUGUCAUUCCACUCCAAGGUGCAACUGGCCACCUCGUUGCUAGGGGCCCGCCGCCUCAGCCUCAGUCAGCGUUCGAGAAGCCAACACACACUGCAGUUGAUAGCUUGGCUGAGAAGCUCGAAAGGCUCUCUUCCGUGGUGGAGAGCAGUGCUGAGCACAUUCAUGCUCUUUCUGUUGCCCAGUCUGCAGGACUGCAGCGCAUGCAAGAGAUCAACGAGAGUAACAGCACUCAAAUCAAGGCGCUUGCCGAGUCUCAAGCUAAGCUGCAAGGACUGAUUGAUCAGAAUGCGUCACACUACAUUGCCCUGUCGAACACCUCGUUCAAAUCCCAUGAACAGGUCAAGGAUGUAUUGAAAGCCACCACCACCCAGAUUCAGAGCCUGAGCGGUAGUCAAGAGCAGCUGGCACAGACCUGUAAGGCAAUGAUGCGCAGUAUUGAGAGUCUUGGUUCUUCAGUCGAGCACAUGGGCAUGGCUUCACCACCGCCAGUACUUUACUCGGAACCUUCCACUUCGCUUUCUACAUCACCGCGGUCGUGCAAGACUUCCACCACGACCGUUAGCCCGGCACCCAGGAAACUCAACAGACGCAUUCGAGGCGUGUGGUACGAGUAUGAUAGUAAUGCAGAGCCUAAGGUUCACGGAGCGCCCAGGAAGCUCGCUCCUGCCCCCAGUCUCAACACUGCUCCCAAGGCGCCUGCCACUCCGCCGAGAACACCUAGGAAGCUCACACAGACAUAA